CCCGGAGACACGUCACUUUAGAGCGGGUACGAGUUCAGUGGGAUAAAAAGGAGAUAGGCUUCGGGUUCAGCGAAUCAACAUCAAUAAGCUUGCUUUUCUCCAGUAUACGGCUUGCAGGAGUGCGCUGAAUGCUAUUGUUUUGUUCCCACUGCCACGGAAGCCUGCAUCGCUGCCACAGCGACUCCUGCAAGGAUGCGCCAGGCGGGUUCUAGUGGCUUUGUCGCUUCUGUCUUAGCGGGCGGGGUAGCUGGAGUAGGCGUCGCAACGCGGGACUUUCAGGGGGUUCGACCACUAUAACGGCUGCGCCAGCUAUACGACGUUCCCCUGGCAACCGACAGCCACGGCGAUCUGGGUGUUUAUUUUCCAGCGUCCAAUCACAGAGCCAAGAGCCAAGUCAAGGUAAAACACUUGAUCAGUAGUCAUUACCUCCCUUCAGUCCAUUCAUCUCACACCGUCACUCCCAUUCUUUCUCAUCCGCCUAGCCAACAUUUUUUGAGCACUGCGAUAGUCAUCGGACGCAGUUGCCAAUCGAGUAAACGGAAUCGUGGCAUUGCUAUUAAAGCAAAGUUGCUUUUAGCAUCCGCCUUUGUUCGUGACCUUCACGCGACAACCCCUCCCACGAGAGACAAACAUCCACACUAUCGCUGGUUCUACAUUCCGCGUCUGAACCCCCUUUGCUCUUUCUGGAUGCUUUUGCAUUCCAAUGCCAUCACCAUUGCACUAAGCUGAAACGAAAGAACAAUCAGUCCAAGCCAAAAUGGCGCCCGAACAGGUGCAACCACUUCAAAUCACAAAGUCCACCCCCAAGGCUAUGUCGACACCAACAAAGAUGCCUGGUGGCUUUCCCCGCCCAUUAUCUGAGAUUUCGCCCGCAGAACAACGGCGCAACUCGCCCAGCUGGAGACACUCGGCUCCCGCAAAGAAGCCCGUCCUGAGCAACGAUUCCUCUCCAUUCCAGUCGUCACCCAUGGACGGUAUGACUUCACCCAGGUCCUUCUGGCAGAGUCGCAACGUAGAGAACAUUCCCUACACAGCGGGCCCCCCCUCACCGUCGCCGCAACGUCGCUCCUCUAUCGAGCGACUCCAGCGAGCAUCCCGCGUCAAGAACAGCAACAUCUUGGCUUUGGAACAGAAGCAAGAAUAUGACCCAACCCGGAUCCCGCAGAUCGAACGGCCAUUAUCAAAGGUUCAAGGAAACACCUUCAACCUCUCAGUCGGGUCUCCAACACAGCGGUCAGCCGACACACCACAAAUCCCCGACUUCAAGCGAAGCGACAGCAGCAAACCGAGCUUCUCAAUGAUGAGCCCUGGCAAGCUUGGCCAGCCAGAGGCAGCUCCAAAGCGUAGCACUCCCCGUGCGCCGGUCAAAGAUUUCCCUUCCCCGACAAAGUCGGCCUUGUCUCCCUCCAAAUUCAAGGAUAUCUUUGAUCCGGAGACGGGGACGUGGUCUGCGCAUACGUCCUACAAUGAGGACGACUUUGCCAGUGGUACGUCAUCGCAUCGUCAUGUGAAGAGCGUGACAUUUGAUGCCGCGCCGCCCCAAGUGAAUGAAUAUGAAAUGGCCACACCCGACAUUUCAUCCAUCGCUACAAACUCGCGCGAGGGCAGCUACGAGUCUAUCGAGGAUGAAGGUGACGACGGGCAUUUCCACAUGGGUAUGCCUGGCGACAUUGACGAGAGCUUUGAUGCGUCCUUGGAAGACACUGAAAAGACUCCAGUCGUUGGGCCCGGUGAUUGGCGCGCUGACAGCCCAGCUGCCUACAAAAGCGUUGAUCACGAUCGGUUCGAAGAGAGCCCUAUGCCCGAAGGAUCGCCUUCACUUGCUAUCCCCAACAAGACAAAAAGAGCUAGCCAGGACACCGUCACAUGUAGUGGCGAGCACCGCCCCUUGCCUCCUGUGCCAGGCGUUGGACACUCCAGAAAUCAGUCAACUAACUCGAUUUCACCUUCUCCAGGAUUGUCCACCACUGCGGAAAGAAUGCUUCAUUCUCCUCAGCGCCAUCUUCCCACACCACCACCGGCAACAACCAGCAAGACCGACAUUCAAAACAUCGGCAAUAGCAAGAUGACUCUCGAAGAGCGCCUCAAGCUGAUGAUGUUGUCUGAUGAGAACGAUGCCAAGAGUGCUGCCGAACAGCAACGAGAACGUCGACUGCGACGCGGAAAUGGGCGCGAGCGAACUGCCAGCCCACAAGUCAACACUGCCACAGAAGAAUACCAAGAAGAGGAUACGCUCGCCGAUUUCUCCAUUCUUGGAGAAUUCCAAAUGCCGGCCAAGAUUUCUAGAGAGUCCAUCAUGCGCCGAGUCAACGGCAACAAAGUAACAGAGCGUCAGUCUGAUUUCAACUUUUCCUCCCCCGUUGGUAGCCCAGAAAGGAACCAGGCUACCAGGGAGCUCUCACUGGAUCCGGAUGUUCCCAUUCCUUCGACGGAGAAUUUGAACAUGGGUGAAAUUGAAGAAAUGGAGGAGCCUGAAGAUGACAGCGUCAUCAUCCAUAGAGACUCUGAGGUGUAUGAGGAGGUUCUGGAUCUCUACGAGGUCGAACUGGACGAAGACGAAACGGAAGCACCUGCCCCUACAGUCGCCGAUGUAAAAGCAACAACUGAACCGCAGUCAGCGCCUCAGCCCUCGCCCGCAGAGACACAUGCCGUAUCCCAAAAAUCUGUCAGCGCUGAACCCCCGGUCCAGAAGGAAGAUACCGUUGAGCCUGCACCUACUGCACCUACUGCUUUACAAUCGUUGAUGACAUCUUUGGGCAAGGAAGAGCUCAAAAAGACGCCAAGUCCCGUUGAGCCGAUCGAAACUCUCGUAUCUGAGCCCGCUGUUCAGCGUCCCCAGACCCCCGAAAAGCGUACCUCCAAACCUGAGUAUGAUGGUACUGGCUGGGGUGAACCAGAUGAUGAGUAUGAAGAUGUACCUGGAACGCCAGAGUCAGUGCUUCAUCAUACCGUGGAUGAUGCGUUCUACACGGAAGAACCAGCUGCCAUCCCUGAACAGAUGGCUACGAUCAAAGCGUCGGGCUCAAAACUCAAGACUAGAAUUUCCAACACACCAUCCGACCUUGCCGCAAUGAGAGAAGCUAGACGCCAAGUCAGCCACGAGGUGCCUCAUAUCCCACCGAUUCCCGCCAAGCACCAGAACCGCUUGUCUAGAGACGCCAGUCUAUUGCAGGAGGAACUCAACCGCGAAUCUUUGGAUAAUCGUGGCGGCUUUAAAAGCCGUGGUCUGACUCUCGAUAUUGAUGCCGGUCUUAGCCUUGACCAAGACUUCGAAAGAGUCAUUGAAGCUCAAAAGCGUGGCUACUUAAUGAGACAAAACACCAAGGUCAUCGCUGCGAGCGAUCAGGAUGGCCAGGACGCUCGACGAGCAGGCUCUGCCAACAACUCGCCUAUCAAGGAAGAAGAUCGUCCGGAAUCUUGGACUGUAGAGCCAUGGAAUGGCCAGAUGCGUCGUAAGAGCACCAGACGAGGCCAAACCUCUGGAGCUUUAGCCAAGUCUGCAUCUGGAAGACAAAGCCACGCGACAUCCCAUGCAAUUGAGGACGACUUGGCAACGGACAACGGUGUCCUCGAUGGAAACGAAAGGGGUCGUCUCUUUGUCAAAGUUAUGGGCGUCAAGGAUCUUGACUUGCCGCUUGCAAAGAGCGAGCGUACUUGGUUCAAUCUCACCCUCGACAACGGUGUACACUGCGUUACAACUGCUUGGCUCGAACUUGCCCGAAAUGCCCCAAUUGGACAAGAAUUUGAGCUAGUUGUCCCGAACGACUUGGAAUUUCAGCUUACGCUCAAUGUCAAACUUGAAAAGCCUGCGUGGCUGCGCAACCUUCCAGCACCGGGCAAGGCCACAAAACCAACCAAGAGUAAGACGUCAGCGUUCAGCAAAGUUUUCGCGUCGCCCAAGAAGCGCAAGGAGAUUGAGCUUCGCGAGCGCGAAGAAGAGCGAUUGGCUCAAGAACAGAAGGAGGCCCUCGCCCGUCAACGCAACGCCGCUCCCUCUGCCUACGAGCUGUUGACACCCGUUGUGGCGGACGAUGGUAGCUUUGCGCGCUCAUAUGUUUGCCUUAAGGAGCAUGAGCAGCACUGCUUCGGAAGACCCUAUACAGCUGAGGUUGUCUGCUUCAAUGAGUGGGCUUCGGAAGAGGAAGUAUUUGCGCACAGCGUCAAGAGCAAGCGUGGAGACGGAGCUGUCGUUCGCCGUGCUCCAUACAAAAUCGGCAAGCUGGAGCUGCAACUCCUCUUUGUUCCUCGACCCAAGAACAUCACAGAUGAUGAUAUGCCCAAGAGUAUGAAUUCCUGCAUUCGUGAACUCAAGGCAGCCGAAGAGAAGCUGUCCCGCAGCUACGAGGGACACCUCAGCCAGCAGGGAGGCGACUGUCCUUACUGGCGCCGCCGAUAUUUCAAGCUCGUAGGCUCGCGCUUGACUGCUUAUCAUGAAGCUACAAGACAGCCACGUGCCACAAUCAACUUGGCCAAUGCGAAGAGGCUAAUUGAUGAUCGACGAGCUCUUCUCGAAAAGGAGACGACCGGUAAGGGUGGUCGCCGCCGUCGGUCAGCUUUCGCCGAAGAAGAGGAAGGUUACAUGUUUGUCGAGGAGGGAUUCAGAAUCCGAUUCAACAACGGAGAGGUCAUUGACUUCUACGCGGAUACUGCCGACGACAAAGACGGCUGGAUGCGCAUCUUAUCUGAUGUGAUUGGCCGUGGGCCAACCAACGAAGACGACAGCACGCGCUCAAAGUCCAAGUGGUGUGAGCUUGUCCUGAGAAAGGAGGAGCAACUACGCCGCCGUUCAAGCCGUCGCUCAAGCCGCCGCUCACAUGUUCGAAGCAAGACAUCCCUAACAUGAGCGGCUCAUACUUUUGAGCUGCAGCUGCCGGACGGUUGCCGCCCUUGACAAGCCUUGUAUUAUCCUCACUCUAUUCUUCGUUCCUGUUUUAUAACCUCUACGAUGAUGCCCCUCUUGCGUCAUCACUUUUUAUCCCUUUCCUUUCUUUUCUUAUCCCUCUUUUUUUCUUUAUUUUUGGCUUGUUUCGUUUUUCCUGUUUGCUAGACUGAUUUGAAGGAGGGAAAUGACGUGACGAUUCGAUGCAGAUAUGUCGUCACCGAGUGUUACUUUGAUGGCCUUUGCUUUUAUGUAUCUUUUGCGAUUAUAUGGCGCUUGAGAAAAAGAUCUUAUAAUGAAUAUCAAACUCAACCAAUCCUGCCUGGUAUAGUCUAGUCCCGCUGUAUGUACUGUACAUGUAGACAUGGCAAUCCAUAGGUGACACGCGCCAUAACUGUAUACCUGGUGAAGUAGCUAUUGACGAAGACAUGGCAAGUCGCACGUGACACCUUCGCUCUCGUUAGGGGGGCACACCCGCAACGUAAGCGCUGCGCCCGUUGACGUUGACAGUGGGGAG